UAACUGUAUAUGCGACAGUUCGGUUCGAUGAUCUCAUUGUGCGACUCUAGGAGAGGAAGGCUCUAGCUACCAAAGCCACUUGUUACCUGGUUACCUGGGAAAGUGGUGCUACAGUUAUGAGGGCAUAGUUCUACUGUAACUGAUUUUCUAUCCUGCCAUAGAAAUGAAGUCGUCCCUUGGGCAGUUAGAGCUUCGUAAUUUCCCCAUGCAUAGUGCAGCGACCUGCAGUUUUUAGUCUGGAGUCUGGAGGGAAUCUGCCAUCCGAAGAGAAAUCGACUGGUAUCUGAAUCUUACAGAACAUACAAUGGACUGGAAAAGGAGUUUAAAGGAGAAGCUGCGGAGGGAUGGUUAUGUCAGAAAAAGUGAGCAGGAAAUGAAAGAAGAAGAAAUGUCCCUCUUUACAAAUUAUUAUACAGAAUGGAAAGGAGGUGGGAAGGUCUCAAGUGCCCAGAAUAUCCCUCGUUUCUAUUAUAGGCUCCCUGCAGAAGAUGAAGUACUCCAGCAGAAACUAAGGGAAGAAUCCCGGGCUGUAUUUUUACAAAGGAAAAGCCGUGAGCUCUUAGACAAUGAGGAGUUACAGAAUCUCUGGUUUCUUCUGGACAAGCACCAGUCUCCGCCUUUAAUUGGAGAGGAAGCCAUGAUCAACUACACAAACUUCCAGACUGUUGGCGAAAAAGCUGGAGAAAAAUGCAAGACAUUUUUUACCUCUAAAGUGUUUAGCAAGCUUAUACCCAACGAUCCCUAUGGCAGAAUAUCCAUAAUGCAGUUUUUCAACUAUGUCAUGAGGAAAGUGUGGCUGCACCAGACGAGGAUAGGUUUAAGCUUGUAUGAUGUGGCUGGCCAAGGCUACCUUAGAGAGUCUGACUUGGAAAAUUACAUUCUUGAAUUGAUUCCGACAUUACCCCAACUGGAUGGUUUGGAAAAGUCUUUCUAUUCUUUCUAUGUCUGUACAGCUGUGCGAAAGUUCUUUUUCUUUCUUGAUCCUUUAAGGACAGGAAAGAUAAAAAUACAAGAUAUUUUGGCGUGCAGUUUUCUGGAUGAUUUACUUGAGCUACGAGAUGAAGAUCUCUCAAAAGAGAGCCAAGAGUCUAACUGGUUUUCUGCUCCAUCUGCAUUAAGGGUCUAUGGUCAGUACCUGAAUCUGGAUAAGGACCAUAAUGGGAUGCUGAGCAAAGAGGAACUUUCCCGAUAUGGAACUGGUACCUUGACUUGUGUCUUUCUGGAUCGUGUCUUCCAGGAAUGUCUGACUUAUGAUGGAGAGAUGGAUUACAAGACAUACCUGGACUUUGUUUUGGCUUUGGAGAACAGGAAGGAACCUGCUGCGCUUCAGUACAUCUUUAAACUCCUGGAUAUUGAGAACAAGGGCUCUCUGAAUGUCUUCUCACUUAACUUCUUCUUCAGGGCAAUCCAGGAACAAAUGAAAAUCCAUGGCCAAGAGGCUGUCUCUUUCCAGGAUGUAAAGGAUGAAAUAUUCGAUAUGGUCAAACCAAAAGACCCUCUGCGAAUUACUCUUCAGGAUCUAAUCCAGAGCAGCCAAGGUGACACUGUAUGCAGUAUUCUCAUAGAUCUAAAUGGCUUUUGGACCUAUGAAAACAGAGAAGUGCUAGUGGCAAAUGAUGGGGAAAGCCCUCCAGAUAUUGAUGACACAUAAGGGAAGAAUUGGACUUUGGCUGAGUUUAAAUUGCUUACUGGCCUGGCUUGGAAUUGCUUCUGAUGUUUUAAAGGUCCACACAACACUUUCAACUAUACUACUCCCCAUGUAAAUCUACACAGAGAUAAAGCUUAUUUGUAAAUAUAAAUUCAGCUCUUGCAAAGUAUUUUAAAUUAUGACUGCAUUUCAUUGUACAAUACAAUACACUUUUUUCAGUCUUAUAAAAUAAUUUUGUAGAAGCACUGAUUUAAUAAAGUUUAUUUGACCUAAAGUGUAAUUUGUUUAACAGGUAUCAUACAAUGUACAUUAUCUUUUGUUCAUUUUGUGCUUCUGAAAUGAAACAAUAACAUAAAUUCAGCUAGAAGCAAUAGUGUUUCUGAGUACCCCCCACCCACUGAUGGCAUUAUGGUGGCGUUAAAGAGGCAGGUUGGCCAGAACAUAAAUAGAGAUGCACUUUACAAUAUUUAAUCUGAAUUCAACAAAAUAUAUAAGAAAAUGCUGCAUUUCUUUGAACACACAAAAAAAAUUUUGAUUGUGUACAUUUAGUUUCCCUAUAUUUCUUCUACAAGAAGUUACAAACAUGAUGCUGUUUAGCCUGCUGAGAAUUUGCAUUAUGUCUCAAGUUAAAUUACUGUAAAUAGUGUGAUAAAAAGUGCUAAGUAUAGAAAGAGAAUAGUAAUACAUGGUAGUUGCUUCUUGGGUAUAUGCAAAAAACACCAACUACUUCCACAUAUUCAGUGUGAUAAGAUCCAGUCUCGGGAAACAUUUUGUGACAUUAUCUAGUAUUUUAUCACAGUGUAUUUCCCCUGAGUAUAUGGGGGCACCACCAAGUAUGCAGUAAAGGACAAUGCAGGCCACCCCCCUAGUGAUUCUAAUUGCUAACCUAAUCCCAGACCUGCUCUCUUCUUUAUA